AUGGCCCCUGGAACCCGAGCCCGCUGUAUAAAUGGUUCCUAUACACUAUUUUCCGACGGUGUGCCCCAACAAUCGCUAAACUGGACAAUCUUGGACAAUGGCGGUGGGGAAUCAGUCUACACUGACCGAAAUCACCCGACCGACCGCCUGAUUCAUGGAUUUUACUGCCAGAGAGUGGACUCCGUACCUCGCCCCACCACCCUCCAGGGAGUUUGCCUCCGAAGGUACUGCUGCGUCUGGGACAUCGGCCUCGCCUCUACCUGGGAUGGCAGAGCGUACCUUGAGGGCUGGCAUCACUCCACCACCCCACCCGCGGAGUGGGAUACUACUGGGCCCCAAAGAUGUGGAGGUGUGGCUACAAACCUCACCUACCUACAUCGACAGGACCCCCUCCACCCCGCGGGCACGGCACCUCGACAAAGGGGGGAACUGUCGAUAUCUGAACCCCCUACCAAUCACGACCUGUUAUCCGCCUGGCAUUCCAACACCUACGUGAAACUGGUCUCCGAAAUUGCAAAGCAAACGACCACCACCGACGACUGUUGGAUCUGUGCCAACGACUGUGCUCACCUCCGCAGUGGCAUUCCUUUCCUUGGAGUACCCCUCACCUUACAACAACACCUCUCUGCUGAUGUACAGUCCUGGAACCUGACUGCCGUAAACUUAACUCACCAGUACAUCUACCUAACCGGACCUACGAAAAGCGACCUCUGUCGGAAGUUCAGCGGCAAUGACAGGAUGAUUGGAGAAAGCACCUGUAAAUACAUCAUUGACAUCACCCUGACCGGUAAAAUCACUUUGUGGUGA